AUGUUGGGUGAGCCGGCGGCAAAGAAAGUGGCUCAAGUGCCACUCUCAGAUCACACUAUACAUCGACGUAUUGAAGAUCUGGCUCAUGAUAUGGAAGAUCAGUUAAUAGAACAGAUUAAAACAUCUAAGUAUUUUGCGUUGCAGUUGGACGAAUCUACGGAUGUUGCCAAUUUGGCAAUUCUUAUGGUGUAUGUGCGAUUUCAAUAUAAAGACGACUUAAAGGAAGAGUAUUUCUUUUCUAGUUCCCUACCAACAAAUACCACUAGCUCUGAAGUAUUCAAGGCACUGAGAGAGUACAUCGUUGACAAAUGUGAGUUGGAUUUCAAAUUCUGUGUUGGUGUAUGUUCGGAUGGAGCUGCGGCCAUGACUGGGCGGCGUUCUGGAGUAGUUACACAAAUUAAGGCGUUAGCACCAGAAUGCAAGUCAACGCAUUGUUUUAUUCACCGUGAGAGUCUCGCCACCAAGAAAAUGUCCACAGAACUGAAUAGUGUUCUCAGCGAAGUUGUUAAAAUUGUUAACCACGUGAAGGCGAACGCUUUAAAUUCAAGACUGUUUGCUGCACUGUGCGAUGGUAUGGGGGCUGAACCCAAACAGCUCCUAUUGCAUACCGAUGCAUCUGUGCAUCGACCACGCCACAAUGUUGGCGCAAGUUCAGCCGCAAGACGUUAUGGCCAGCCAAAAGGACAUGGAGCCGCCACAACAACAGCUGGUGGUGGUCAUCAACAACACCAAAGCUAUCAUCAGUAUCAGCAACAGCGUAAAUUACAACAACAACUGCAACAACAACACUACCAGCAGCAGCAACAACAAUCAAUCGGCAAUGAGAAUUCGAGUGCCGCACAAAAAUUAGCCAAAACGAGUCGCAAUUGGAAUGAACAACAACAACAGCAGCAACAAAUACUGCGGCAACAAGCACAGGCACCGGCACAGUAUCAGCAACAGCAAUCGCAUACAAAUACUGGCGACACUGCAGCGAAGCAAUCAAUUGCGGUGGUGGGAAUGCCGCAAUCAUUGGUGGCUGGUGGCCAUGCUGCUGGACAUGGCAGGCCGGCAAUGCAACAAAUCAAUGCGAAUAUAGAGCUACAACGCGAUUUGUCGCCAGCUAAGACGAGUCGUAUACCAUUGCAGCAGCAACAGCAACAACAAACAAAUUUUAAUCAAAUAUCGAAAACCGCUACAAAUCUAUUGAACGACAUUUACGAGCAUCAUCUGCUAAGUCAGACGACAUUUCAAGUGGACGGUACACAGGAGAGGCAACAGCAGCGGCCGAACUGGCAACAAAAGCAGCAACUGCAGCAGCAGCGUUUCCUAGCAGCGCGUCAGGUGGGCCAGGAAGUAGAGCUCAAUUUCGCCAGCUCUUCGAGUCAGCAACAACGUAGUCAGCCGCAACAAAAUCAAUCUCAGCAGCGUACACAGCAAUGGCCACGCCACUUUCGCUCUGCUGCCAAUCAACAGCAGCAGCCAUUUGACUCCUCACACGAAGAUGUUGACAGAUUGUCGUCGGCGGCAACUUUUGUACCCAUACAUGGUGGGCCCAACCAGCAGCAUGUUGCACAAAAGCCAGUGCACUUUUUGAAGUUGCCGCCACCACCACCGCCGCCGCCUGCGCCACCAACCAACCAACCUGGUGUCAAGCAGGAAUCCAUACAUUCCACAGAGUUGGGAGGCUACUUAUCCUAUCAGCAACAUUUCCAAUUCUCCGAUGCCUACGUAGAACCAGUGGAUAGCAGGCAACAUUUUCUGCUGCAGAGCGAUGCAGCUGCGAACCCACCACCACCGCCUGCGCCACUCAAUCACGUCUAUGAGACAAUUAAGGAGCGGCCACCGUUGCCGCCACCUAAAAAUCUUAGAAAAUCUGGUGCAGAAGAUGUAGCACCCCCAUUGCCACCCUCGAGACAGCUGAAAAAGCGUUUGCUUGCCGCAAAAGCGGGUGGUAAUAAGCGAGCAGCAACAGCUACAACGAAUAAUAGUCACAGCAAACUGGAUGCUGGUCAGUUGGGUGGUAAGCUCAAUAGCAAGCUGCUGCCUAUGCAACCGCCAGCAUAUGUGGCGCCACCAGCUGCGGCUACAAAGCAAGUAAUCCAACAGCAACAACAACAACAACAACAGCAGCAUCAAUAUAACCCGCAACAGCGCACGAAAGCGGAUGGCGAGCAACGUCCUUACCUCUAUCAGCAGUUGCGCGAACGACAGCAGCAACAACAACAACAGCAGCAAUCGCGUUCAGAACACAUACAAGUGCGCGAGCAUCCUUUGGGCGCGCAUGCCGACCAGCACGGUGCACAGCAACAGCAACAACAAAAGACUCAGAAGGCUGCUGAAAUUAUGAUAACCCAACCCGCAGUGGCAUUAACCACCACAAAGGCAACGAUACAUGCCACAGCAGCCACAGUAUCCACACAGGUGUUGUCCUCUUCUACAACUUCCAAUUCCCAGCCCACCACUUGCGGCAUCUCCGCCAUUGAUGUUUCUGAUAGCUCUGUGGAAUUGUUGUUACAAGCCGGCUUACUGAAAUCGUCGCAUGCCACCUCAUUAACGGCAAUGCACAGCAACAGUGGCAUCAACAAAAGUGCGCAUGCAACUAAUAAUAAUAAUGCCAAACACAAUGGCGGCAAUGCCAACAACAACAAUUUGCCCACUACUAGCCAUCACCAACGACCCACUGCUUUGCCCAUCGUUUUCGAGGAGGACACCGGCGAAUUUCAGGAUGUUUUGGUGCUCGAGGAGGACGGCACCGCCAAACUGCCAUACCGGCACGGCAAGAUCGAGGUGCGAUUUGAAACGGCGCAGGCGAUGGCCGCAGCUGCUUAUUAUGCCAGAAUAAAAUCAAAAAAUGACUCAACUCGAGAGUUUAUGUUCGAGCUUCUCUAUCACGAUUUGGCUCAGAGCAAUGAUAAUUUCGGCCAACCGAGCUCUCACCUCGGAUAG